AUGGCUCCUCCUCCUCCUGCAAGCUUGCCUCUGGCCGAGCGACUCAAGGCUCUGGCGCAGACCCUGCAAUUCGCUUGGUUUGUUGGACAUGUGACCCUGCUGCUCUCGGUCUUCCGUUACAGCUUGUCUUGCCUUUUCUUCAACUACUACUCUUCCUCGGCCCAAUUCGCCUACCGCUUGACCUUUGUCUCUGCGGCUGUCACCUACGGAAUCGUCGUCUACAAGGGCCACUUCGCCCGGGGUGUCCAGGGCAGCCCUCUGUCCAUCGUCGUGAAGCUCGUUUCUGACGAGAAUGUGCAAUACCUUGGAAUGGCCCUUGUCUGGCUGUACUCUCGCCAGCUCAUCCUGGCUCUUCUGCCCUUCAGCGUCUACUCGGUCUUCCAUGUCGCAACCUACAGCCGCAUGUACCUGAUCCCCACUUUGCAGCCGACCGCGUCCACUGCCACUCCGGCCUCUCCCACCUCCCCCUCUUCCAAGCCCGCUGCUAAGCAGUCUCCCCUCGCCGAGACCAUCGGACGCUUCAUCAAGCAGUACUACGAUGCCAGUAUGGGAGUUGUCGCCACUCUGGAGAUCGCGCUCCUGUUCCGCCUCGUCCUGUCCGCCAUUACCUUCUCCAAGGGAAGCUGGGUGCUUCUGAUUGUCUACCUGUCCUUCUUCCGCGCCCGCUACGCCCAGAGCUCCUUUGUUCAGCAGGCUGUUCGUCAGCUCACCGCUCGUGCCGAUGCCUCUCUCUCCCACCAGGGCACCCCCCCUCAGGUUCGUCAGGGCUGGGAAACCUUCAAGGGUGUUGUGCGCCAGGGCUAUGAGGCCACUGACAUUGGUCGCUACGUUUCUGGCUCUACUGCUGCCAAGAAGCCUCAGUAA